GGCUUUGGGGGCAGGGAGGGAGUACUAAGUAUAGUAAUGGAAAUUUUCAAGCAUGCAAAAAAGUUUGAUUUGUUUUUUAUAUAUUUCAGCCACCAUCAGAGGUUGAAUUAUCCCUAUCAUUUGUUAGCCAUUUUAUAAAAUUAGAUGAUGUCUGAUGAAGUUUUUAGCACAACUUUGGCAUAUACAAAGAGUCCAAAAGUCACCAAAAGAACUACUUUCCAGGAUGAACUAAUAAAAGCAAUUACAGCUCGCUCAGCCAGACAAAGAAGUUCUGAAUACUCAGAUGACUUUGACAAUGAUGAGAUUGUUUCCUUAGGUGAUUUUUCUGACACCUCAGUAGAUGAAAAUUCAGUUAAGAAAAAGAUUAAUGAUUUUCAUAUAUCAGAUGAUGAAGAAAAGAAUUCUCCGAAACUGUCUUUUUUGAAAACCAAGAAAUCAAUCAAUGAUGUGAGGAAAGAUGAGCAAGUAGUCUCUAUCAAAAAUGAUGAGAUGGCACCUGAUGGUGGUAAAGGCAUGAUUGUAAAUCCCUUAUCUGAAUCUCAAAAUAAACAACAAGAAGUUGAAAAAGAGAAAAUUAAAAUGGAAACGAAACCGAGAAUUCUUCUAUUCAAAAGCGCAUCUUCAGAAAAUAACAGCAGCCUUGAAGCAGACAACCACUUUAAGCCUUCACCUCGGCCAAGGAGCAUGUUGAAAAAGCACAGCCACAGGGAAGAGAAAGACAGGCUAGGAGAAGACAAAGACACUGCCCUCCAUGAAGAAUUAGAGGCAUAUUCUGCACCUUCAUUCCUCCCAAGGCUGAAUGGCAGACAACCAGAAGCUGAGAAAAAUGCAUUCUCUGAAAACCUUGACCCUGAGGAUGCAUGGUUAACAAGUCUAUCAUCAUCAUCCCUUAAAGAAAGUCUCGGAAAUUCCUCUUCACCAGUAUCUGGGGAAAAAUCCUCCAUCACAGAUCAGAAUGAAGAAUGCACUGAAAACCAUAAUUCCUUGAAAUCAGUUGAAAAUGAAGAGAACUCAGUUUUGAUAGACUUUGUCACUACACUUGAGAAACCCAAGGAAAGUCAAGUGACUACUGAUGACCUUGAAGAAGAAAAGGAGAAAGCUGAACUGAUUAUGAAUGGUAACUUAACAGUUGAUGAUCCACCACUGUUUCAACUUCAGAGUAUCUUAUGCACUGAGUCUGCAAAGAAAAUAAUUCAAGAUAGAAAUAUGAAGAAUAAAAAGUCAACAAAUAAUAGAGCAUCCAGUGCAUCUGGCAGAUUAGUGACAUCUGAGUUCUUAAGGAAACCUGGUUCUCUAAGGAGAACUCCAUUGACAGUUCCCACUUCUCACUAUUUAGGGACUUUGAGAGUCUUGGACCAAAAGCCCUCACAGAAACAGAGUACAAAACCUGCCAGAGCAGAUAACAUAAGGGCAGCUAUUUAUCAGGAGUGGUUAGAAAAGAAAAAUGUUUAUUUACAUGAAAUGCACAGAAUUAAAAGAAUCGAAAGUGAAAACUUAAGGAUUCAAAAUGAACAGAAAAGAGCUGCUAAGAGAGAAGAAGCCUUAGCAUCAUUUGAGGCCUGGAAAGUCAUGAAAGAAAAGGAAGCAAAGAAGGUAGCUGCAAAAAAAAGGCUUGAGGAAAAAACCAAGAAGAAAACUGAAGAAGAAAAUGCUGUGAGAAAAAGAGAAGCACUGCAAUCUUUAGAAAAAUGGAAAGAGAAAAAGAUGGAAUAUCUUAAAGAGAAAAGUAAAAAAGAGAAAUAUGAAAGAGCAAAGAAACAGAAAGAGGAAGAAACUGUUGCUGAGAAAAGGAAAGAUAACGUAACUGCUAUUGAAAAAUGGAAUGAAAAAAAGGAAGCUGUUUUCAAGGAAAAGGAAAAAGAGAAAAUAAAUGAGAAAAGAAAAGAAGAACUGAAAAGAGCUGAGAAAAAAGCUAAAGAUAAACAAGCUCUUGAUGAAUAUGAAAAAUGGCUGGAAAAAAAAGAAAGGAAGGAAAGAAUUGAACGGAAACAAAAGAAACAUCAUCCCUUUCUUGAAAAUGAGGCACUUCCUCCAUGGAGCCCUCCAAGCAGAACUGUGUUCUCAAAAGUGUUUUGAUAAUUCUUAUUCUUGCAUUAUUUAGUUAUUUAUCAAUUCACCAAUUUUAGCCAAACUAAAUUUAAAACUAUUAAUUCAAUUAUUUAUAGUUAGAAGAGUCUAUUUUAAUAAUUAAAUGCCGGUCACUUCUGCUGACAAUGAAAAAGAUGCUUUACAGUUUAAUCAGUGAAAGCAUUGAAAGCAUUUUUGAACUGUAGAUAAACUGCUUCAAAUGAAGAGCUAAUAAUCAUAUUGCUUUUACCAUUGAAAUACAUAACCCUUUUUCAUGUCCUGAUCAUUUGUAUAGUCUGAUGAUCCAUGAUCACUUUCCCUAACCUGUGCAUGUUAUUAGUAUGUUUAUUGUCCAAUAUAAAAAGAAAACCAUCUAGGUACCAUAAUCAUGAAAUAAUUGAUUUUGCAAAUGAUUGCACCUCUAGAUUCGGGUUUUAAAAUGAAUGGUCACUGGGGAGUAUGCAAAUAUUAUUUCUUCUAAAACUAAUCUUUAGCUCAAAGUAGUUGCAUUUGCACUGUGCAAGUUAGACUUUUGGUCAACUGAGGCAGUAGUUCAGUAGAAUCAUGCAAUCACUGAGGCAUUUUCUUUAAGAAUGUUGCCAUAUGUUUUAAUAUGAGUAUACUUUAUCUGUUUUUGCUUAAGUGACAGUCAUAGGCGCUUUAUAAUGAGCAGACCUCUGAAAUGUGUCUUCCUAAAUUCUAUCUCACUUUACUAUUUCAUUGAUAUCAAAAGAUGUCCAUUUCAUGGUAAUUAUAUACAUUACUUACGGAAAUUCCACAAGAGUCCAAGGUCAUUAUCGCUAUUUUUAUUUCCCAAACUAAAGCCAUAAAGAUGAUAAUGGCAAUUUUUGUCCUCUUAGCUAAUCCAGAGUCAUCUACCUUAUAUUUAGAAGACAGCUGUAUGGGAAGGUAAUUUGUAGAAAAUGUCCAAAGAAUCUAUUUAUUUGAUCUCUGCAUAUCCUCAUUAAUCGGACUCAUACUUGAACUGGUCAACUAGUUUAUCACAGACCAAAUAUAUGCUCUCAGAGUUGAAAUGCUACUGCAGCCAAUGAUGCAAUGCAAUGAUAGAUGAGAAAAAAGUUACUAUUUAUGAAGUACCUGUUGUAUCCUCUCUACUAGAUCUUUACAAGUAUUAUUUUUGAUCUUUACAACAACUAUUCAGAGUACGUGUUAUUAGCUUCAUUUUGCAGAUAAAAAUACUGAGACUCAGAGAAAUCAAAGAACUUGCCACUCAUUUAGCAUGUGACUGAGCUGGGAUUAGAGCUAAUGAAGUCUCUCUACCUCUAGAAUUCAGAUGCUCAUGUUCAUGCUCUCAUGUGACCUCAGAGAACUGUAAAUUCUGUCAAGACCUCUGUAUUAUAUCAACCUUAAAAACACAUUUUACUUCUCAGAUCCUAAAAUCAUGUAUUGUUUCCCAGAGAUUAUCUUUCCUUUAAGAAAUAGCUGUUUGUUAUUAGAAACAGUUAACCUCAUUAGAUCUUCAAAAUGAAAAAAAUAAUUCAUAGUAUUUAUGGAGUUAGUCAAAUGCCCGUGUCUAGUAUUAGAAUGUCAGAGCACCCAGCGGGUUAUGGAACUUAGGCUUUCAGACAGUUACUCAGGAGGUUUCACACUCUGAGGAUUAGCCUUCUUGCUGCAGUGGAUGUGCAAGGUAAGAAAGAUGUCGUGGAUCACUUUGUAAGAUCACAUCAGUGCUACAGAUAAAUUUUUAAAUUUCAUAAAUAAAACUGGAAGCCUUUUUAUACUACUGGAACUAGGAGAAUCUGUCGUGAAAUUGAACUAAUUACCAGCAGUAUCAGUAUGGGAUUUAGGGCCUCCCUUAGUUCAUUUGUGUGUCCCCCACAGUACCAAACAGAAAAGAUUAAGUAUUUAUUGUAUUGAAUUCUAUUCAGGGCUUAAAAGAUAUUUGCAAAUUCCAGGGAAGUAAAAGGAAAAAUAGAAAAAUGUACAGCUACUUUUAUGAAUGUGAGAUCUUAAGUGUGUGUGUCAUAGAUUUCACAUUAAAUAUUGACUUAAGCAUUCUGAACAUUUUCUUCUAAUUUAUCAUGCAUAGUGGAUUAACUAUUAUCACCUCUGAGUUGUGAGAAUUGAAGUUAGUUAAUUAAUAUAAAGAAUAUGGCACAUAAGAAAAGACUUAAUAAAUGUUCAUUGUUUUCACUUA